AUGACUUUUCUUUUUUCUCGCUAUUAUAUUGCAGAAGUACAGGAUGACAACGCUAAUUUCGGAGAAACCUACCAUGGUGCUCAACUUAAAGAAGCCAUCAGACAAGUUCAAAUGAACUAUCAAGCACGAUUAAGUGACCAAGACGAGGUUCAGAAGAACUUAAGGCUCAAAAUAGAAGCACAAGGGAGAUAUUUCCAGAGAAUGAUGGACGAACAUUACAACGUCCGGCCAUCGACUGUCGGGACGAGGCCAAGCAAGCCAAGCUUCCCCUCCAUCUCGUUGCCCUCACUCUCAGAGGAGUCCGAGUCACUCGUCAAGGAAGCCGACUCCGACUCGGAAGGUCCCGAGGAAGUACUAAUUAGAGCUCCAAAGAGGCCUAGGACCUCCCAAGACUGCGACUCUGAUCCGAACAUUUGCAACUACUCUGCGAUCGUCGCGAAUAGUGGUCUGUCGUACGAUCUCGGUGACAUCAGCUUUCUGUGGAAUCUUGCAUCAUGCCCAUCUCCGGUGUUGAUGCCAAGCUUCAUGUGA